AUGAAACUAAGUGAAUCAACAAUCUUAGCAAUCACUGCAGCUAUUGCUGGAGUUGCGACAUUGUUUACAUUGAUCGGUUUGACUACUCCGAAAUGGUUAAGAAAUGGUUACGGUCUAUGGAAUUGUAACAAUGUUUGUUCACCUUCGACAGCGACACUGACAAUUUUAUCUCUCUUCUGUCUUGUGGCUAGCUUCGUUCUACUUAUUAUUUUACUUAUCCGGGCAUUUCCACGGAAAUUUCGAUGCAUUCCAUUGUGUCUACUAAUCAUUGGUACACUCUUUCUUUUGAUCUCUACGGCAAGCUAUUUACGUCACGCGAGAAUUAUCGGCUAUAGCUAUGAAUUAGUUGUUACUGGUCAUGCAUUUGCGUAUUUCGCUUCGAUCAUACUUGCUUUCUGACAUAUCAAUGAAUCAUUUAUAACAGAACAGGAGAGUGCAAACAUAUACCGGCGGUUAGGAUCGUCGAAAAUAGAAUCGAUAUACCUCGAUCUUCGAUGUACAUAUAUACUACAGAAGAAGAAUCGUGCGCAUUCAUUGCAUUCGCUUGACACAUCCAAUAUAAACAUCAAUAAUUUGACAAUGUCUGAUUACCAUGCUCAACGUUUAUCGCUCGAUGGUCAAACUUGUGUGGAACCAUCGUGCACCUCACCAGCAAGACAUCGAUGUAAACAUUGCCAAAAAGCUUACUGUGAUAUGUGUGUUCGAGUGCACAAACGAUAUGUUUUACAAGAGAUGAAUGACAUCGCUAAACAAAUGGAACUCAAUCGACAACAGAGUCAAAAUGAAGUUCGUUCAUUUAUUGAACGACAACGUGCUGAUGCACGUGCCAAAGCGGAAGCUAUGCAACGUGAUAUUAUCAGACGCAUCAACGAAGCUAAUCAAAAUGUUUUACAAUACAUGGAUGAUCGUGCUCAAAUGAAAUUGUCACGUUUAGCUGACGCAUUGAAUACAUUCGAUAACGAUGCGUUAGAGUUAAAAGGCUCCUUAUCAGCUGAACAGUUUCUUUCAGCUAAACGAAUCAUCGAAUUACGAACAAAGUACGCAUCAAAUAUGUUCGACGACAGACAGGCAAAUGAUGAGAAUGAACGUGAUACAGAUUCGAAUAUAUCAACGAUCAAUGAUCAACCUGAUUGGGAGAAGGGCUUCUUUGGCAACGGUGACAGAUAUCGAAUGUACGAAGAACUAGUCAAUCUUCGUGCUAAAUGGCCAUUCCUGGCACCUGCCUUAACAUCGAUCUAUUAUGCAGCGGAAAAAGAUUUCUCUUUGGAUGAUAUUCGAACGUUUCUUGAAUAUCGUCAUGACAAGGUUUUGAAUUUACUUACAGAACAUUGUAAAACAUUCGGCAAAGGACCAGCUCAGGUAUUAGUUGAAGAUCUUUCGUUCUAUCGAUACAAAUCAUCUACGCCAAUCAAUCACAUUCACGAUGCGAACUUUGAUCGUUGUUUGCAUGAUACAUCAAGCACGGAUGAACAUAGUCAUUACCGUCAAGAUUUAGCAAAUACAAUGAGUGAAUCAAUGCGAUUAGUCCGGAAUAAAGUUAUCAGUUGUUUUCGACGUUUGAUCUUGGCACGCUUCGCAAUGAAAUUAUGCGUGGAUGCUGAUAGUUGUACUGGACAUGGUCCAUGUCUGGCGAAUAUGUGUGCUAAUAUAGCUGGUAAAGUUCAUGAGAUUCGAUACAAUGGUCAAACCUUGCCAUCGUUCAGUCAAUUGAUCUAUGAUGCAUCCGUAUUACGUCGAUCUUACUUUCUCAUUGUGAUUUUCUUUGCUUGUUUUGGUUUAAUGAACAAUAUCAUCUGUUUGGUAACAUUCCUACAUGAUCGUAUACGAUUUACUGUGAAUGGAGUUUAUUUGAUCAUGUAUGCAUUAUGUGGAUUGAUCACUAUGGCUUUGUUUUUGAUAAAUAUCCUUAUUACUUUUCUACCGAAUGGAUUUUUCUUCAGUCAAUGGAUUUGCCAUAUUUAUCCAUAUUUGUUUCUUAUUUUCAGUAAUACAAGUAUUCUGAUGAGCGCAGCGAUUACUGUUGAGAACAUUCUAUAUCGAUGUUUUUGUUUCGAUCGGUUUCGAUCUCGUAAAUGUGCUUUGUUUGCUACGUUUAAUCUUCUUAUCGUUGUUUCAAUAUCGAAUCUUGACAAAAUCUUCGCUCGUCAUGCAAUCACUAAUCGGACGGACCAAUUCUACUGCACUUUUAAAGACUAUACACAUCGGAUUUGGCUCGAUUUCAACAAUUUCACCUCUUAUAUUUAUGUAUUUACUGCGUGUAUCAUUCAUUUAAUAUGUAUGACAUUCCUAUUCGUAAAAAUGCAACAGCACAAGCAGAACUGGUUCCAAAAUUGGUUAUUAUAUCGGGAUAUUCUUUGGCCAUCGCUGCUUAUUAUUCUCUGUUCAGCUCCAUACGCCAUCUUACGCUAUGUUUUGAAUACACACGAUCUAUUGUCAAAUCGAUUCUACAUGUAUCUUCAUACUGCAUUCAUUCUUUGUGUUCAUAUUCCACAAAUGUUAACGUUUUUUAUGUAUAUUUUACCGAAUCGAUACUAUGUGAAGGAAUUUCAACGUUCGAUUAUAUGCGAAAAGUUAUGUUGUGCACGUGCAGCUAGUAAACAAGCCCAAGUACAAGAAUUCGAAAUGCAAUACAAGACAUGGCAACAGGGAGCAGCAUUGGAACCUGUAAUGACGAUAUCAACACUCAACGAAUAUUACAUCGGAGGAGAAAUCUAUGAUAGAAUAAAACUGGAAGUGUAG